AUGAGUAAAGAACCUGAGAUGGUGUAUUGUAUCGUCAUCACUCUGACCUUGAAGAGUGCGGUUGAGGAGCCUCUGUUACUGCAUACAUUCAACGCCCUGCAGCAGCAAUGCCAACAAUACGAACCCGGCACCAUCACACAUGAACUUCUGCGUGAUGACGAAAACCCUCUGCGCUUCUCUGUAGUUGGACGAUAUGCCUCACGUGAGUCUAUGGAGGAAAUAUAUGAGAAGAAUCCACUACUGCAUGUUUUCCUGCAAACCACGACGUCCAUCGCAAGUGAUAGAUCCUACACAAAGAUGUCCAGUGUUUCGGUAAACGAAGACCUCAAGUCACUUCAGCCUGGUUCAAUCUCUAUGGAGUUUGUGGAAUCUGUAAGGGAGGCUGUCUCUGCAGCAGCUACAGCAGGAAAUCAAGAAAUAAAAGAACCCCACUCAUUACGUCAACAGAAAGGUGUACUUGUUUUCUGUGGUUCCCGUAAUGGAUCUCGUAGUAGUUAUGUGAAGGAGGCGGAGUUGCUUGGUGAAUAUCUCGCCCUUACACUCCGUCGGCCGUUGGUGUAUGGCGGUGGAACUGUUGGUAUAAUGGGAACAGUGGCGUUAUCUACACAACAACACGGUGGGCGAGUGAUUGCUGUUCUCCCACACUCACUGGCCCCACGAGAAGUGUCAGGAGCGAAGAUUGGAGAUAUUUUGUACAUGACAGAGACCAUGAGUGAACGGAAGAGUAUUAUGUUUGCACAUGCCGAUACGGUAGUGGCCCUUCCAGGUGGGGCGGGUACCUUUGAUGAGUUAUUGGAAGUAUUAACACUACUUCAAUUGAAUGCCUAUCGACCAAAGGUGGGACUUGUGAAUGUGGAUGGUUUCUUUGAUCCUUUCAUUGCAUUGAUGAAGCAUAUGGUAACGGAAGGGUUUAUGGAGGAACUCGUCUUGCAGGCAUUUGUGGUGCGGCCCACUGCCGUUGAACUCAUGCAGGCACUCGAGUCCUUUACACCACCAACUAUCACGACAUUGAAGUGGAAUGCACGACCGUGA